AUGGGGCUGCUGACGGGGGAUGUAGUGGUGCCCCUGGCUGUGGCCAUGGCCAUCUUCUUGCUCCUGGUGGACCUGAUGCAUCGGCGCCAGCGCUGGAUGGCACGUUACCCACCAGGCCCCAUGCCACUGCCCGGGCUGGGCAACCUGCUGCAGGUGGACUUCCAGAACACACCAUAUAGCUUUGGUCAGCUGCGGCGCCGCUUCGGGGAUGUGUUCAGCCUGCAGCUGGCCUGGACGCCGGUGGUCGUGCUCAACGGGCUGGCGGCCGUGCGCGAGGCGCUGGUGAAAUUUGGCGAGGACACCGCAGACCGCCCGCCUGUGCACGUCUACGAGCACCUGGGCUUCGGGCCGCGCUCCCAAGGGGUGAUCCUGGCGCGCUACGGUCCCGCGUGGCGCGAGCAGCGGCGCUUCUCCGUGUCCACCCUGCGCAACUUCGGCCUGGGCAAGAAGUCACUGGAGCGGUGGGUGACAGACGAGGCCGCCUGCCUCUGUGCCGCUUUCGCCGACCAGGCCGGACGCCCCUUUAGCCCCACCGCCCUCCUGAAUAAUGCGGUGAGCAACGUGAUCGCCUCCCUCACCUACGGGCGCCGCUUCGAGUACGACGACCCGCGCUUCCUGGAGUUAACGAGGCUGUCGCUGGAGGCACUGAAGGAGGACUCCGGCUUCCUGCGCGAGGUGCUGAAUGUUGUGCCAGUGAUGCUGCGCAUCCCGGGGAUGGCUAGCAAGGCCUUCUCCCAUCAGAAGGCCUUUAUAGCCUUCCUGGAUGAGCUGGAGACUGAGCACAGGAUGACAUGGGACCCAUCCCAGCCACCCCGAGACCUGACUGACAGCUUCCUGGCCGAGGUGGAGAAGGCCAAGGGGAACCCAAAGAGCAGCUUCAACGACGAGAACCUGCGCAUGGUAGUGACUGACCUGUUCUCUGCUGGCAUGGUGACCACCUCGACUACACUGACUUGGGCCCUCCUGCUCAUGAUCCUGCACCCGGAUGUGCAGCGCCGUGUCCAACAGGAGAUCGAUGAAGUGAUAGGGCAGAUGCGUCAACCGGAGUUGAAAGACCAGGACCACAUGCCCUUCACCACAGCCGUGGUUCAUGAGGUGCAGCGCUUUGGAGACAUCGUCCCAUUGGGUNCACACCAUCACAUGUCUCACACCACUUCACAUGAAUCUCCUGCCCAGGGAACAACGCUCAUCACCAACCUGUCAUCGGUGCUGAAGGACGAGAAUGUCUGGGAGAAGCCCUUCCGCUUCUAUCCGGAACACUUCCUGGACGCCCAGGGCCGCUUCGUGAAGCAGGAGGCCUUCAUGCCCUUCUCAGCAGGUCGCCGCGCAUGCCUCGGGGAGCCCCUGGCCCGCAUGGAGCUCUUCCUCUUCUUCACCUGCCUCCUGCAGCACUUUACCUUCUCAGUGCCUGCUGGACAGCCCCCACCCAGUGACCAUGGUCUUUUUGCUUUCCUGGUCACCCCGGCCCCCUACCAACUCUGUGCUGUGCCCCGCUAG